CGCUUGUCAACCAACACAACCACCAAUAAGAAGAAAACGCAGCAGCUGUCAAAAAAAGAACAACAACGUAAUCUUCCCUUGCAAAAAGCGAAUUUUGAAGCCAAAUUUCUGUCCGAAAGCGUCGCAUCCGCACCUGGAACCGGAAAGUUUUCUCUGAAACGAUUACACCGCUUACCGCAGCCGGCAAAGGACACACAAUGUCCAAAACGAGCAAGUUUGUGCUGCGAAUCCAAUCAGCUGACGGUACAAAGCGCAUCGAAACAGAGCCCUCAAGCACGACGAAAACGCUGUACGAGCUCGUGCGGGAAGUCUGUGGGUUCAAUCACUACGAAUUUGCGCUUUUCCGCGAGAGAAACUUCACAAAGGAGGUUGUUUCCAGCGGCUCGCAAGAAGUGAAAGAUGUUGGUCUAAAACAUGGUGAUAUUUUAUAUUUACGUCUAGUAGAGGGCCCGUCUACAUCGAAGGCCGCGGAACGAAGUGCAUCCGUUAACUCGUUAGCUUCAAGCCACAGUUCCACGUUCAGUAAUGCUUCAUUCAGCCGAGAGGCUACACCGUCAACCAGCUCGAAACCAUCCACAUCGGCAGCGGCAGCAGCAGCAGCAGUUGCCACAGAGUCGUCUACCAUCCCGCCGGAGGAUGCAGUCGACCUGGAGCUGUACAAGCAGGACGGACGUAUCAAGCGUGAUCGUGAUGAAAAGCUCUGCCGCCACAAUUCGAACGGUCGCUGCGUGCACUGCUCGGCGCUGGAACCGUGGGAUGAAAACUACCUCAAGGAGCAGAAGAUAAAGCACUUCAGCUUUCACUCCUACCUGAAGAAGCUAACGUCCGGGGCCGCCCGCGGCAAGUUUGUCGCGCUCGAGGACCUCAACUGCAAGAUCAGGUCCGGCUGCCGGGACCAUCCGCCGUGGCCGAAGGGCAUCUGCUCCAAGUGUCAACCGUCGGCGAUCACGCUUAAUCGGCAGCCGUACCGGCACGUCGACAACGUGAUGUUCGAAAACACGGGCAUCGUCGAGCGGUUCCUCAACUACUGGCGAACGACCGGGCACCAGAGAAUCGGGUUCCUGUUCGGCAAGUACGAGAUCCAUCCGGACGUGCCGCUCGGCAUCAGGGCACGGGUGGCCGCGAUCUACGAGCCGCCGCAGGAAAGCAACCGCGACUCGAUACGCCUGCUGGACGAUCCGCACGAUGCGGACGUGGACGAGCUGGCCCGCCAGCUCGGGCUGCAGCGUGUGGGGUGGAUCUUUACCGACUUGCUGAGCGAAAAUCUGGCCAGUGGGACGGUGAAGCAUGUGCGCAACAUCAAGACACACUUUCUGACCGCGCAGGAGUGCAUACUGGCGGGGCAUUUGCAGAACAAAUACCCGAACCGCUGCAAGGACUCGUCGAACGGGUACUUUGGCUCGAAGUUUGUGACCGUGUGCGUGACGGGCGAUGAGAAGAAGCAAGUGCACAUGGAAGGAUAUGCCGUAUCGGCACAGUGUAUGGCGCUGGUGCGAGACAACUGUCUCAUUCCUACGAAGGAUGCUCCUGAGCUGGGAUACAUUCGUGAGUCGUCCGACAAGCAGUACGUGCCGGACGUUUACUACAAGGAAAAGGAUGUCUAUGGCAAUGAGGUGCAACGCUUGGGUCGGCCACUGCCGGUCGAGUAUCUGCUGGUCGAUGUGCCGGCCUCGACACCGCUCGUGCCGCUGUACACAUUCCUGGAGCGGAAGGACGCCAAGCAGUACUUCCCGGUCGAGAACAGAAUGAUCGACGGUCACAUACAGGAUUUUGCGGCCCUCGCCAACUACCUGGCUAAAUCGCGCUCGUUGCCCUUCCUGGACGCCGUGUCCGAUUUUCAUCUGCUGUUUUAUCUGUACCGUAUGGAGGACAUGCUGCCGAUGAAGUCCCAGCUGGGACCGCUGCUGGAAGCGGUACGCGACAAGGAUAAGGCGAAGGCCAACGAAUGGAAAACGCGGGAAGUGUGGAAAACGCUCGAAGAGCUCAUCGAGGCCAGCUCGAACCAUGAUGACUCCAGCAUGAGCAAUGACGUAGAGUUUGUGCCGAGCGGCGAUGCGGAACAGAACUGGAUCUGUACGUUCUGCACGUUCAUCAACAGCCGGGAGCUGCCCGCAUGCGAGAUUUGCAAUCUGCCCAGAUCCAGACAAUGAAAAGCUUAGCUUAGGUUUGAGCGAAUCGCAUUGCCGCCAGCACGGGCGAAUGCAACGAUUGGACAUCAUUGCUAAUU